GAAGAACCAGAUCAUGACGACGAACCUCUGGGUGGAGCAGUUCUGGUACGACUACAAGCUCAAGUGGGACCCCGACGAGUACGGCGGCGUGUUGAUGCUGCACGUGCCCUCCGACCACGUGUGGCGGCCAGACAUCGUGCUCUACAACAACGCCGACGGUAACUUCGAGGUGACACUCUCCACCAAGGCCACGCUACAUUACGACGGUCUGGUGGAGUGGAAGCCCCCCGCGAUCUACAAGUCGUCGUGCGAGAUCGAUGUGGAGUUCUUUCCCUUCGACGAGCAAACGUGUGUCAUGAAGUUCGGUUCCUGGACCUAUGAUGGCUUCCAGGUAGACCUUCGCCACAUCGAUGAGGUCAAGGACAACCCGGUGGUGGAGAUCGGCGUUGACCUGACCGAGUUCUACACCUCCGUCGAGUGGGACAUCCUCGCGGUGCCGGCCAUCAGGAACGAGAAGUACUACACGUGUUGCAACGAGCCUUACCUGGACAUCACCUUCAACAUCACCAUGCGCCGCAAGACCCUCUUCUACACCGUCAACCUCAUCAUCCCCUGCAUGGGCAUCUCCUUCCUCACGGUGCUCGUCUUCUACCUCCCCUCAGACUCCGGCGAGAAGGUCAGCCUCUCCAUCAGCAUCCUGCUCUCCCUGACCGUGUUCUUCUUGCUGUUAGCCGAGAUCAUCCCGCCGACGUCCCUCGUGGUGCCGCUGCUGGGGAAGUUCGUGCUCUUCACUAUGAUAUUAGACACGUUAAGUAUAUGCGUGACGGUGGUGGUGCUCAACGUCCACUUCCGCUCGCCCCAGACGCACUCCAUGGCGCCGUGGGUGAGGCGGGUGUUCAUCCACAUCUUGCCGCGGCUGCUGGUGAUGCGGCGGCCACAAUACCAGAUGGAUCGACACCGCACCCUCCGAAGCCUCUUCGCCAAGACCAAGGCCGGGAUGCUGCGCUCCUGCAACGGCGGGGACAUGAGGGAUGCCUGCAACUACUACUCCACUGAGUCAUUCCAGGACUCCAGGGAAAACUCCUUCAGGAGUCAACAGGAGCUUCGGGACGCCAUCAGGGACGGACUCAUCUACAUGGACAUGGCCAGCAGCCGACCGCGCUCACCCCACAGCGAGUACUCCCCAAGCUGUCAUGCACCACUCUGCAGCCACGACAUCGAGGCUCUGGGCAUCAACGGAGGCUGCAAGAUCCACGGGCCGGCAGUGUUGGCAGACGACCUCGGUGUGGGUCUGAACGGCAACGUGGGGUCACCAGGCCGAGGCACCACAGACAACGGCAGCACACAGUACUGCCCCGAGGUGAUGAAGGCCUUCGAGGGGGUCAAGUUCAUCGCUGAACACACGCGUCGGGAGGAGGAGUCCUGCAAGGUGAAGGAGGACUGGAAGUACGUGGCCAUGGUGCUGGACCGGCUGUUCCUGUGGAUCUUCACGCUUGCGGUGCUGCUGGGCACAGCCGGCAUCAUCCUGCAGGCGCCGACCCUCUACGACGACCGCAUCCCCAUCGACAUCAUCUACUCGGAGAUCGUGGCGGCGGGCGACCACGGCACCAAGAACACCCCCAACCCCACCAACGUGACCUGAGUCCAGCCAUCACCCACCACCCCCACGGACACCUUCCACCUCACACACCGCCACUCCACUCACACCCCGGAGCACCGUGUUCCUGAGUGAUCCAACCCAAUGAGCUUUACCCGCUUGUCUCCAGCGUGUGACCAACCUUUGAGACUGGACUACUUGAUGCCCUAGAGAGGAGGACCCUCGCCAGGUGCUCAUGGCCGGCUGGAGUGUCUGAGGGUGUGUGGUGCUUGGAAAGGCUGAACCACCGCUCCCAUUGUUGUCCAGGCCGCCAGUGUUAGCCGAUGCUCCAGCUUGUGUUCUUUGGCACGCAGCAAGUGUCUUGUCCUGGCCACAGAGACUCUCAAGCUCAAUGUCUGAAAGGCAGUGUUGGUGAUGACAAUACUGACGUGUAGUUUAUUACUCCUAUGUUGUCGCUGAGUUGCUCAAAGACAAUGACAGGCAGUGUGUGACAACCUUGUCUGAAUAGAUUUGCAGGCCUGCCUUGCAAUGAUUAUUCAUGUUGUCUGAGUUACAAAAACCAGGAAAUAAGUCAUGUUUAGUGGAAGUUUGUGCCAAUAUACAGAAAUAUCCA